GCAGGACACAGAACCCAAGGAACUUUGCUUAUAAAUAGGGAGAGGAGAGAGAGAUUUUUCCAUAUCCUCAUUUCUCUUUCUCUCUAAAAUUUGAGAUUUCUGCUCUCUCUCUCUUUCUACUUCAGAGCUCUUUCUCUCUCUAAGUCCGGGCUCCAUAUUCUUCGUCCGACCAGGUACGCUUUUGUUUUGUUUUUUCGCUAACUUUUUCUCUCUUUCUUUCAAUAAAUUCGGCCGACCCCCUUCUGUUGAUAAAUAAUGGGGAGCUCGUCCGAGUCAGUGACACCUCCUCCUUCACCUCCUUAUAAUUUAGCCGAGGAGGUGAGGGGUAUGGGCAUGGUAUUGGUGUCAACUUUAAUAAGUUGCCCCGAUCCCUCGGCUGUGCCUGAGGCGCUUUCCCUCCCGAGUACUCCUUCGCAAGCCGAGGAGGAGGAGGCCGAGGGUGCCAUCCCUCUACCCUGGGAGGUGUCCCUGGCCUAUCCCUCUUCGAGGAGUUACUUAGACAAAUAUUUAUCUGAUGGUGUAGUUAGGAUAAUUAUGCCGGGAGAAGAAGGCGAGGCUUCGACGUCCGGGCGGCUCGUGUAUCCAGAAAUAGAUCCCAAAGGCGGACCGGGAGCGAAGUUCCCCCUUCCGUCAUUAAUAAAAGCCCUGGUAGAGGAUGCCCGAGGCCAAGCGGCCAAGUUUCAAAUAAAGGACCCCUAUUUGCUGGUCCGACCCGAUGCCAGCCACACUAUUCUGACUCCACCACCCGGAUGCACUGCCUUCUACUACAAAGCCAUGGAGAUGGGCUUGAGGUUCCCGCUGACCCAGUUCGAGAAGGACUUAUUGAACGCCUACAAUUUGUGUCUGGGUCAGCUUUCUCCGAACUCUUGGGGUGGAAUUUUGGCUGUCCAGGUAAUCUGUGACCUUAUCAGCGUUAGGCCGACCCUCACUCUCUGGCGCCACAUGUACAAAUUGUUCGAAAUGCCAGCCGGGGAUCAUGGUCCUGGUUGGUGGUGCUUCCAGGCUCGGCGAGGCUACCGAACCGUCCUUGACCUUCCCACUUCUCAAAAGGGGUUUCGCCGAGGGUUCGCCUUUGUCUACCAUGGGGGAGAGUGGGGCAUCCCAACCGUACCUCCAUCGGCCGACCCAAACCAUUGCUUGAACUUCAAGGUGCCCGAGCUAUCCGAUGAGGAGGUUGUGGCUGCUAUUUAUAUGCAAUUGGAGGCCAAGAUAGUGGAUGGCGGCGAAGUUUUUGUAGCGGAGAACUGGCUCCCGAGCUGCAAACUUUUUAAGAACGAGCACUUUCUGGCGGCGUUCGGUCUGAGCCCGGCCUUUCCCAAGGAAGCUUCUCUAGCAUUCAUUAAGGAAACCGACCAAGAAAUGGCCGAGCAAUUGACAUCUGCUGCUUUGAAAGCUGCUCGGAUCAGGGCCGAGAUGAAGGCCAACAAAAUCAACAAACCCUCUAAGCCAAAGGACCCGUCCAACCCUAAGCCGAAGAAGCGUAAGGAACGGGACGAGGUGAGGGUCGAGCUGACCGAGAAGGCUUUGGCCAAGGCCCGGGCCGAGAAGGAGGCUUCCGCGAAGAAGGCUAGGAAGGAGCCUUCGGUCGAGGUAAACAGUCCUCGACCAACUUCCGGAGAGGGUGACACUCAUGUCUCGGUUCACCCUUCCGAUUUUGAACCGGUCCGGAGUCUGGGGUAUGUGCCGGCGUCCUCCCACCCCUCCUUGGUUGAGCAGACUCUGUCUAAGGCGCCCAUUCCCUUUACUCAAAUGUCCAAGACGGACAAGAAGAAGAGGAUUUCUGAUGCCUUGGAGAUCCUGUGUACCCAGACCGACCGAGAUCACAUCAACAAGGUCAAUGGGAGGAAUGAGUCGAGCGAGCUUUUUCGCUCCUGGAUGGACUUCUCUAUCCGAAUGACCAAGGUGGCCGAGGACCGGCUUGCUUUGGUCCAAGAGGUCUAGGAGCUGAAAGAUGCGGCUCGGACGCACUUUGACAAGCUCUAUCAAGCCGAGGAGGGUAAGCGCUUGGCCGAGCUCAAACUGGACGAGGCUGAGGACAAAAUCCGGAAGGGCGAGGAGGCCUGGCAGAAAGAGCAAGAGGAGUGGAAGGUGGAGAGGGCCAACUUAACAAUGCCCAAAGGCAAUUCUGAGUCGGCUAAGGCUGCCGUUGAGGCCAAAGUGACUCGGAUCCAAGGCGACUUGGACAGGGUCAAAUUCAAGCUCGCUACGGCCGAGGCCCAGCUGAAGGAAUCCCAGGAGGAGGGGUUCACGGCAUGGCAGGCCUCUGAUGCCUGUACCGACUUUUGUGCCGACGUGAGCCAAUCCUCCCACAAGAUGGGUGAAGACGAGGCCCUUACUAAGCUCAGGGUCGCCCUGGCCGACUCCUGCCCUUCAGCGGACUGGAACUCGGUCUGGUCCCGCUAUCAGGAGCUGGCUGAGGCCGAGGCAGCCGUAAUUCGAACAAAGAUGGUCGAGGAGGCGAGCUCGGAUGAUGAGGAUGAUGACGAUGAUGAAGAAGCUGCCGAAGAAGGCGGAAGCACCGGGCCGCCUCAGCCAGAGAUCGCUGCCAAGCAACCUGCUGUUGAGCAACCUGCGGCCGACCCCUCCACCCAGAUGCCUUGGGAUAUUACUCUCUUCUUAGCCUACUUAGCUAGUGGCCUCUCCGAUGGAGCUUUUUGUAAUUUAAGGCAUUUUGUAUUUUUUGCUUUCCUCCAUGUUUUUUUUGCAAACUUUUGGU